AUGGUAUUGACGACGAAAUGUUCUGUUUUCAAUCGUGGAACAGUCUUAGAAGAAGCAACUGAUUCAAUGAUUGCUGAAUUACAAUCAACACCAAUGGAUGCAGUUCUUUUCUGGAACAUGGUCACUCUACAAGCCUGUGUCAAUGAUUAUGAUCGUAGUAUAGCUCCUGUGCCUGAUCAAAUUGGUCCGACAGCAACAUCGCGAGCUUUUGCCAUCAUUCACGGUGCAAUGUAUGAAUCGCUGACUGCAUUCAAUCGAGCAUUCAAACCGAUGUGGAAAUCGAAAGAUAUUUCCCCACUCGGUAAUGCUUUUCGAGGCUCUAUCGUCGAUGCAGCUAUCAUGGAAUCUGCCUAUCAAACAUUGUCAUACUUGUAUCCGAAACAACGGCCAAUCUUCGAUGCUGUUCGCAAAGUUCAUUUGCAGCAACUCGCCAGUAAUAAUACAAGACAGGUCGACAUCAACAAAGGAAUUUUUGUCGGUAAAUGGAUUGCUUCAUUCAUUCUAAGCGAUCGAGCAACCGAUGGCAGUCAACAGGACAAAGUUUAUACAAUAACAAUGGAACCAGGCUAUCAUCAAGCUGAUCCAACCCAUCCAAAUCAAGGCUUUCUCGGUGCCAAUUGGGGCAGUGUGAAACCGUUCACUUUAGACUUUUCAUCUCAAUAUCGUCCAGCAAAUAUUAUCGGUGAUACACCCGAAGCUCGUCGCAACUAUUUGAGUUCCGUUGAUUAUGCACGAGAAUUCGAUGAGAUCAAGAGUGUUGGAUCGAAAACGAGCACUGUUCGUACACAAGAUCAGACACACAUUGCUAUCGCUUGGGCGUAUGAUGGAGUACCAAACGUAGGCGUUCCUCCACGAUUGUACAAUCAAAUUGUUCGAGUCAUUGCCAUUCAACAGAACAAUACAAUGGAAAAUAAUGCACGACUCUUUGCAUUGAUCAAUUAUGCUUUGGCUGAUGCAGGUAUUGCCACAUGGGAGGCAAAAUAUUACUAUAACUUCUGGCGUCCUAUUCUGGGCGUUCGUCAAGCAAUCGAAUCUUCUUGGGCAGAUCCCAAUUGGAUACCUCUGGGAGCACCAGCUGAUGGUGCUGGUACUGAUUUCACUCCGCCAUUUCCGUCGUUUGUUUCUGGUCAUUCGUCGUUUGGUUCAGCUUGUUUCGAAAUGCUUCGUCUCUUCUACAACCGAGAUAAUAUUCGUUUUCGAUUUCAAUCUGAUGAAUACAAUGGGAAGACAAUCGAUUCAGAUACCGGACUUGUACGACCAGCAAAAACACGAACAUAUGGUUCGUUUACUGAAGCAGAAACAGAGAAUUAUCUUAGUCGAAUCUAUCUAGGCGUACAUUGGAGAAGCGAUCAAGAACAUGGACAAAUUCUUGGGCGAAAAGUGGCGAAACAUGUCUUUAACAAAAUGACUUGA